CCUUAUUUUUUAUGUGGGUAUUAUUUGAGUGAUUGUGUAAAUCAGGCAGCUUGUUGCAUUUGUGUUAGGCUCUCAUCAAUAAAAUCGUUAUCAAAAUAUACUGUUUGGUUACACUGUCAUAAGGAUAAAAUAGAGUGUAGGGUGUACAAAAGCCCACACCAUAAAAAGCAAAUGACAAUGACUUAAAAUGUCCAGUAUGUGGCACUCGCGGUACUCUGUGUUGAAUAUAUUAUAAAAUCAUAGAAGAAGAAGAACUUCCGGAUAUACAAAACACGCUCAUUGGAAAAAAAGCUGUUGUUGCAUGGUCACUGUUGCUUUGAAAAUAAAUUAUUUAUUUAUUUUCCGUUUAAACAAUGCCAGUCUGUUCAGCUUAUAAGUGCAAGAAGCGUUCAGAUAGGGAAUAUAAAGAGGCAUACAACAGGGGCGAGUUUUCCUUUCACAAAUUCCCAUUAGCUGAUGGAUUGAGAGUGAGAGAAUGGCUCCGGCGGAUGAGAUGGCAGAACUGGUGGCCAACUGGAAACUCUGUCCUAUGCUCGGAUCACUUUGAGAAAGACUGCUUUGAACAAAUGGGAAGUCAUAAACGAUUGCGUCGCAAUGCUGUCCCAACUAUCUUUAAUUUCCCUAAACACCUCCAAUGGAAGGUGCCAGCUGUCAAGAGAAGAUCUCUGAAUCGUAAGCCAGUAGAAGUGCCUAUCAUACCAAAAACAGUGACACGGCUUGAGGGAAAGUUUGUUCCUGUGACUCAUCUGGAUACUGAUGGUUCCAGUCAUGGCCCUCUUCAUGCUGGUAGCUUCCAUGAUGACUACUGUAAACCGCAGAGCAUACAGUGGAUGAAGCUUACUGAGGGUGAUGAUGAUGAGGUUGAUGACACCAGUGAACCUGAAAAUGAUGUCACCAAUGAUGACGCAUCUAUAGAAAAUUCAAACGCUCAAUAUAUAAGGGUGACCGAGAGAUGGCAGUGGCUAAGUAUAGAUGUAACAGGGCCAUUUCAAGAAAACAAGGGCCCCUAUAGCCACAUAGUGGUCAUCUGUGAUUAUUACACCAAGUGGAUUGAAAUAUUUCCAUCGGAAAAGCCCAAUUCAGAUUCCAUAGCGCUCCUUAUGUGUGAUGCCAUUUCCCGUUAUGGUUUUCCUUUGGGAUUUCUCACACCGUGGGGUGCCAGAGGGAUUCAGGUCAGAACGGUUAAUAGAGCACUAAAUAAUAUUAUGAAGAUGGAGCUUUCGCUUGUCUCUCGUCAUCAUCAGGCUUCACAGCUAGAGCCUCACACCCAAUAUCACAUUGUCAAUAUGGUGGAAAAUCUGGUAAAGAAGUAUCCAGAAAGUUGGCAUGUACAUUUACCGGUCAGUGUGCUGCGUUUCAACUGCAGUGUUCACCCAGAGACCAAAUUCAGACCUCUGUGCCUCCAUCGCUCUGAAGGAAACAAACCCUUUACAUCUCCCAGAGAUCAGCCACUCAGUGAAGAUGACCUUGCAAAGUACACAUUCAAAAUAGAGAAACCCAACCCUUCAAAAGAAAUUAAGGCACUGAAACGAAUACCCAGAGAGUCAGCUGACUGCAUUGUUGUAUCAUGAAACUGUGUGCCUCAUUACUUUUAUGGUGUGUGACUGAAAACCAACGGUCCAGGAAGGAACAAGUGCAGUACAGAUGUAAAACAGUGACCAAAAAACAAUGGGUCUUAUUCACUAAGCAUGUGUACGCACACAUCUGUUCUUAAAAUGUGCGUACGUAAGUUUUAACUUACAUAUCAUGAUUCAACAAAAAUGUUCAUACUAAAAUUUAUUUUAAAUGAAUGCAAAAACUUGCGAACAAUAAUCAAUGAACAAGGAAAAAGAACCCUAUAAUAUAUAUCUGUGUUAUAUUAUAUAUAUUUUUUUCUUUGUUCAUGGUAUUGCGUACGUGUGGUCUAAGUUGUUCUUAAGGUUUUUCAUACAUUUAAAAUAAAUUUUAGUACGAACAUUUUUGUUGAAUCGUGAUUUGUAAGAUAAAACGUCUGUACGCACAUUUUAUGAAAAAAUUUGUGCAUACGCAUGCUUAGUGAAUGACCAAAAAUUCAGACUGAGAUGAUAUUUAUUAGUGAUUUUCAUAUUGAAAAGUUAUGUAUCAUAGUGCAUUCAUACCAUUAAAGGUAUUAAAGUGAUUUGAUGAAGUGUAAUAAAAACCAUAUGUUUACAACGAAGAUAAAAAACAAUGUGGCCCUUGGCAGCUGAUGAUAAAUACAUUAAAAUCUAGGUGAACUACUAAGAAUGAUAACCUACAACAGUGUUGUCAAAAUAAAUGAUGUUACCUGCAAUCCUGAAUGAUAAUGUGGAGGUUUUGGAGUGGUGUGCAUAAUUCAUUUUAGCAAGGUUUUGUUUUUUAAUGAACCUUUGCUAAUGUUGUCGGAGCAUAAACAUGUAAUAAAUGACCAUUAGUCACAAAGACUUGUGAUGUAGUACUCUGAAUG